CGCACCCCAACACACACUACUGAAGCGAAGCAGGAAGCAGCACGCCGGAGUUCUUCUGCAGUCGCCGUCCUCGGCCUCCCCUUCCUCACCUUAGCGCCUAGCGGGGACCUGGAGAUUCAUCCGGACCUCGAUUGCUUCCUUCUGCUGCCGCUUACUAGGCCCGAUGGGAAGCAGGGACGGCAGCGGCGACUGCACAGGAGGCCAGGGUUAUGCCGCUGACAUCGAUUCCAUCAGGCAGGCGCAGGCCCGCAUUGCGCCGUACGUGCACAGGACGCCCGUUCUGUCCUCGACAUCGAUCGACGCCAUAGUGGGGAAGCAGCUGUUCUUCAAGUGCGAGUGCUUCCAGAAGGCUGGCGCAUUCAAGAUCCGAGGCGCUUCUAAUUCAAUAUUUGUGCUUGAUGAUGAGCAGGCGUCAAAGGGCGUGGUGACACAUAGCAGUGGGAACCAUGCUGCUGCAGUGGCUUUAGCUGCAAAGCUGCGUGGCAUACCUGCACACAUUGUCAUACCAAAGAAUGCACCAGCAUGUAAGGUCGACAACGUUAGGCGGUAUGGUGGUAAUAUUAUCUGGAGUGAUGUCAGCAUUGAAUCUAGAGAAUCUGUUUGUAAAAGAGUCCAGGAGGAGACUGGUGCUGUUCUUAUUCAUCCCUUCAAUAAUAAGUACACUAUCAGUGGUCAGGGUACAGUAUCUCUUGAGCUUCUAGAGCAAGUCCCUGAAAUUGACACAAUAAUUGUUCCCAUUAGUGGUGGUGGUUUAAUUUCUGGUGUGGCCCUUGCUGCAAAGGCCAUAAACCCUUCAAUACGUAUUCUGGCAGCAGAGCCAAAAGGUGCUGAUGAUUCUGCCCAGUCCAAGGCUGCUGGAAAGAUCAUCACAUUGCCUUCCACAAACACCAUUGCUGAUGGAUUACGAGCUUUUCUUGGUGACUUGACAUGGCCUGUGGUGCGUGACUUGGUGGAUGAUAUCAUCGUUGUGGAUGACAAUGCCAUUGUGGACGCCAUGAAAAUGUGCUACGAGCUCCUGAAGGUAGCUGUUGAGCCCAGUGGUGCAAUUGGCCUUGCCGCUGUUAUGUCUGACGAGUUCAAGCAAAGCUCUGUUUGGCAUGAGAGCAGCAAGAUAGGGAUCAUCGUUUCUGGAGGCAAUGUCGACCUCGGUGUUCUUUGGGAGUCGCUGUACAAACGAUGAUUGGAGUUGGACCAAAAAUGUACAAGGCGAGACGUUGUAACAUAUACAUCGAUUUAACGCAGGAUUCUUUCUUGUCGGUUAAGUUACUUGUACAAAACAUUAUGCCGUACAAUUUAUAUGUUUGUUAGCGAGGAGA